AUGGCCAUCACACAAGUUCGGCCGGCCGAGGUCCCUCGCACCAAUCUGCCAUACUAUGACCUGGCUACUCACAACGAAGUCGACGCCAAGCAGGUCCCUCGGCAAUACCAAUCCUCCACUCUCAAGGCGUCGCCCAUUGUCAAAUCUCCCACCUCCAUUUUGAAAGCAUUUGCAGCAUUUGUUGCUGGCGUCACAGAUCUCGAAGCCGUCGCAUUCAUCGCCAACUAUGCUGAUAUCGACGACGCCAAUCCUCAGCGCCUGCUCGCCACAGCCUCCAUUCCUGGAAACUCAAAACCACGCGUCUUUACAUCAGACCACAUCGAAGUCGCUACGUUCCCUACCGAGAACUUAGAUGAGAACAAUCUGGAUUUCGAAAUUGAAAUCGUCUUCGACGUCGCACCCGCGGCCAAAGCAUCUCGUGCUUUCUGUUUAAGAGUCGAGCCUCUUGAAGACGGAAGUAUUGCAGACUUGACACUCUCGAUAGAUUCCAAGCAUGGUCACUCUGUGCUGGUUUACCACAUGCUCGAGCUCGUCUCCAAGUACCUUGCCGAUUCAGCGACACAGGCCCCUGAAACGAAAAUGUCCAACCUGAACUACCCUCUCAAGCUGUGGAAGGCACCUAUUCUCAAAACCGAUUCGCACAUUAAACAAAACUACCCGUCCUUAAUGCAUGGCGCUUUUGAGCGUCGUGUCCUCGAAUGCCCCGAUCGCAUCGCCGUCGAAGCCGUUGCCGAUGAUUCAUUUACAGUCCGAAAAUGGACAUAUCUCCAGCUCAACGCUGAUGCAGAGGGGCUGGCAGAAGAGCUUUUACUCAUGGAACGCACAAUCGACUGGACUCCAGCGUAUAAAAACCAGCGCGCGAUUCCUCUGUUCUUGCCAGCGGGCCCUGAGUUCUACAUUACCGUCAUUGCUAUGCUCAAGGCAGGUUUUGCAGUCUGCUCGCUACCUAUGGAUGCGCCUCCGCAACGUCUCCUAGAUAUCGUAGAGGACACAAAGUCGUCCGUCGUCAUUGGUGUCGGAAGCGUGCCGUUUCCGAGCGUCAGCCUGAACGACGACUCCGAAGCUGCGGAAUCUCUCAAAAAGCUUACCUGGGUUGAUAUCACCGAAUUUACCAACUGGCGCUCCAACUUCACUGUCGAUCUCCAAACUCCUGUUUCUCAUCAUCUACCCACAGAGGAGGACUUGGCCUAUAUUCUAUACACUAGUGGCUCAACUGGAAAGCCUAAGGGCGUUCUCAUUUCACACUCCAUGGCCACUUGUGGUGUACAUGGUCACGCCGAAGUCUUUGAGCCUCUGCCCGCCGGACCUGAGCUGCGCUGGCUGCAGUUUGCCAUGCCGACCUUUGACCUCUCUUUGAUGGAGCUUUUUGUCACCCUCGGAUACGGUGGUACUGUCUGCUCGGCCGAGCGCUCCCUCAUGCUUUCUGACAUUGAAAGAGCUGUCAACUUCUUCAACGCCACAGCGCUUUUUACUGUCGCCAGCAUGGCCACCCUUCUCAGACCCAAGGCGCUUCCGACCCUGACAACCAUCGUAUCUGGUGGCGAAGCUCUUACGAAAUAUGCCAUCGACAAUUUUGCUUACGACGCUCCCCGCGAACCCAACAGCAAGCCCAAGAGAGUCAUCAAUAUAUACGGACCUACCGAGGCUACCAUGUGUGCAACCUUUGAGAAUGCAGCCCUUGGUACUCGUGGUUCUAUUGCUGGCACCGUCUUCUCCUGCGCUUCUGUGGUUCUGGUCGAUGCCAAUUCCUCCGAUGAUCUUAUUCAAGUCCCCAUGGGCCUCACUGGUGAGAUUGUUUUUGGUGGCCCUAUGGUUGGAUACGGCUACAUGAAUCGCCCCGAAGAGACCGCCAAGGCCUUUACUACUGGCCUGGACCUAGGUUCUGUCUACCGUACUGGUGACAAAGGCCGUAUUGUCUUUGAUCCUAAGGGCGAGCCCAAGCUCGAGAUUCUUGGUCGCUUGAACAUGGAACAGGUCAAGCUCAACACUCGUCGUGUUGAGCUCGGAGAAAUCGAAUCUACCAUUGCCAAGGUCGAAGCUGUUCGUGAGGUUGCUACUGUUGUGCUUAAAGGCAGCUUCUUGGCCGCUUAUGUCGCUGUGCGCGAAAACUUUGGCGACGUCACAGACGAAUCUGUUAUUUCGCAGUGCCGAGAGGUUGCAAGCGAGGGUCUUCCUGCGUGGAUGCGUCCCGUCGAAUAUAUUGUUGUUCCAAAGGUGCCACGCACGUCCAGUGGCAAGGUCGACCGCAAGACACUUCAAAAUGCGGCCGUCGAGGACUUUGGCAACUCUAUUACCCAGAAGCAGGCCAUCAACGACAACUUGACAUACCAGGGCACUGUCGAUUUGAAGGAUACGGACAGCGUUUCAGCCAUGCUCGAGCACAUCUUGAUGGCUAUUCUCGGGGAAGGUGCUACCGACAUUGCCAACUCUCCACUCGCUCUCACGACUUAUGGUCUUGACAGUCUGCGAUCGAUGAAGCUUCUUCAGGAGCUCAGACGCCAAGCGGUGGAAGGACUAGCGAUAAAAGACGUUCUGGUUGGUCAGAAUUUUGCCAGUGUUGUCAAAUCGAUCCUCGAAUUGCACCUUGAUCAACUCAAAGAGGCAGAAGAAGCUGCCGCCGCCAAGAACGAUGAGCUUAUCGAGAUUGAGGAUGAGGAGGAGAUUUUGUUUCUCCCCCUUGCUGCUAAGUUGAAGCACUUUGAUCAUACCUGCAGAAGAAAGUGUGUCGAAGCACUCAAUAUCCCCAGUGAAGAUAUUGUUGAGGUCCUGCCCGCCACUGGUCUUCAGACCCGCGUGCUUUCAAGUAUCGAAGAGUCGGCAGACAUCCUCAAGGUUAGCAAGCCAUGGGUAGAGCACUACCCUUAUCUAGUUCCAGAACACAUCGAUGCGGAUCGCCUCGAAGCUGCCGUCAUCCAAGCUUUAAAAGGCCGCGAUGCUUUCCGAACCGUCUGGGUCCAGGUUGAGCACCCUCUCGCUCCCUAUGCCCAGUGUGUUUUAUCUCCCAACUCGCCACAUGCCAAGCUCCCCAUUCUUCGCAUGGAGUGCCCUGUAUAUGACGAGCGACCAGGCAGCCUGUGGCAUAGGACUGUGGACAACGCUCAGAAGUCUGCCGAAGAGACCUUUGGUCUACACAGCCUCGGUUCUGUGACCUCAUUUGUCCGCUCGGCGGAUAAGAAGCACUGCGUCGUGGUGUUCUCCGUGUUUCACGCCAUCUACGACGGCAUGAGUCUCCAGGCUCUGCGUCGCGACAUCGCUGAGGCUUACCACGGCCUGCCCAUCUCCAGUACUGGAAAAUCAGGCGUGCGUGUGCCUGUUGAAGAGCACCUUAAGUCUGACUGGCUGGGUACUAGCAUGUUCUGGGCUCAGCGUAUGGCUGGUGUCGCUUCUUUCAAGGCAGGUGACAGAGUUCUCAAGACUGAGGGAGCGGUCUUCACUACCGUCAACACUAAUGUCGGCAUUGCUAGUGAAAGCCUCGAGUGCACGUUUAGCACUGGUGAGCUUUUCGCCAAGGCCAAGUCCGAGGGACUAUUCACACCCAUGGCUGUCAUUCAAGCUGCCUGGUCUAUGACUCUGGCCCAAACGCUUGUCGGAGACGAAGCUGCUCCCAAAUAUGAUGUGCAGUUUGGUAGCGUCUUCCACGGUCGCCACACGGCUGACUCUCUGGAUGCAUUUGCUCUGAUGCUGGACGGACUUCCUACGCGCGUAUCUUUCGAGAAGAACAAAAACCUGACUCAUCGUGAAAUUUGCUCGCGAAUGUUCAAGCAGUACACUGAUACUCUUGGCUUUACCGAAAUGCCCUGCCCCAGCAUCCAAUUUGCCCGCACCACGCGCCGGUUUGACAGCUCCGUCAUCUUGCAGACUUUCCCUGCUCCUGACAUCGACGUGGAUAUGAACGGCUUGCCCGCUUUCAACCGUGCCAACGACAAGGUUACUCCCUGGAAGGAGACAUCUUCCGACACGCCUAUUCUCAUCGAGAUGUGGCCUGGCGUGAACAAGACCGAAGACAAGCUCAGCAUCCGAUGCUCGUACAGCCAGGGGCUACUCGUUACCUUCAACAAGGCCUUGACCCAGGUCCUCAACAACCCUGACGGCGUUUUUGACGUUGUUCAGAGUGCUACUAGCCCCCAAGACGCCAUGGACUGCUCCCCAUAA